UGUAGUUUGUCCAGGUUAUUUACCUUUUUUAUUUUACACAGGAACAGUUAUGCCAGGGCUAGAGGCGAUUUAAAGAAAUGGAAAUUGAUUUCGAACUUGUUCUAGAGGGUAUUUCUCUUGGGUUGGACGUCGUUAUUUUAGGAUUUUUAUAUAAAUCUUAUGAGUCAUGCACAGCCUAUAUUCAGGCACUUAAGGAAGCAGAACAAGUUGAAAUAUCUCAACUUAGUCAAUUGUCAGCUCCGAAAAGUCGACAUAGGAGCUGGUUUCAAUGGUCAAGAACUAAAUCAUCAUCAGCUGCAAAAGAAGGCCCUAAUGAAUGUAGAUAUGUUUGUCUGAGAGGAAUAGUGGAGCCAGUGGACAAAUCUAGAUUGCUGAAAAGUGGUGAUUUUAAGAGCACUGGAGUAAUUCACAAAAUUAUAACUAAAGAGGUUGCUACUGUUCGGAAUGGGUCAAGAUUUUGGGUUGAUGAAGAAAGAAUUGUUAAGAACAUUCAACAUGAAAUUCCAUGGGGUCUAACAUCACAAGAAGCUCAAAAAACUAAUAAACAACCAUUGGUUCAAGUUAUAGAAGGACUAAGCGCUGAUCGAAUUGAUAUGUCGAUUGUCAGAGACGAAUUUACUCCGGCGGCUUUCUCGCUAUCUGGCUGGUUUGGCGGAUGGGUAGCUGGCGUUCAACUCAAAGGAACUCAAGAAAUUGAAGAAAUGGUUAUUGACGGCUCCUUAAUGACAGCUGUCGGAGAAUUAGUGAUAAACGGCGAUGGCACUAUGCAAUUGAGAUCGCCUAGCAAUUCUGAUCGAGCUUUACCGUUUAUUCUCUCUACGUUACCUUAUAGCGCAUUGCUAAGCACCUAUGAAACUCUUGUCAGCGUUUGCAAGUGGAGUCUAUUCUUUUUUGGUGGUGUUGGUAUGGUACUUGGUUCCCUCAUGAUCCGCAAGUGGUUUAAAAUCCGUUACGGCCGGCGUCACGCACGAGAAGAAGACGACAUUCUUCGCGAUCUAUGCGAAUCACGUCGUUCAACUGAAGAGAACGAUGAUCUACCGGAUUGGCAGCGCUGCGUUGUAUGCCUUGUUAGGAAUCGUGAAGUCAUUGUUCUUCCUUGUGGUCACGUUUGUCUUUGUGCCGAUUGUAUGAUGCUUAUUAAUAAUCAGCACGUGUUACAGAGGAAUUGCCCUAUGUGUCGACAGAGAAUUGAGCAAAUUGCACGAGCUUUCGUUCCUUAAACACUAUGUAAUCAAUGUUGGUAGCUUUUAUCUAAGUAAAUUUUUGACACGAUGGAAAACUGUACAUCGAACUUUCUGCUAAAUCUGGUCCCGUCAUUAUAGGAAAUGAUUUAUGUUUGUAUACAUGAUGGCCAGUUUAAUACAGGUUUAAAAUUUU